AUGCCGUUCCUCACGCCCAAGACUAUCGUGGGCGCAGACCAUACCUUUGUAUGGGAUGCCUUCCCUGUACCUCCCCCGGAGGCUGAGACGUGGACACCGGACCCCGACAGCAUCGCUAGGCCUGGCGACCUUCCAGAUCCUCGGUUCAACCGCGAUCCGGAACACGACCGCCGUAGCAAAUCAUUCCGACGGGAAGCGAAAAUGCUUGCUGCAGCACAACAAGACAGCCAGCUGCGGGCGACAACGUCUACAAGCGGUAAAUCUCUAGGUCUUGGAAUCGGUGCGUGGCCUGCUCCAGCUCCGCGCAGUACAGGUUACCCUCGUGACCUGGUGCAAAGCUCUGGCCCUCCCUCACCUCCGGCGGACCCUGUCAAAGAAAAUGUUCAAAUCUCUAGGCCCAAGCUGGCUGCGACCAAGCCAGUCGCACGCGUCGCAGGUCCUCCCAAGGGAACGAUGGAGCUCAUGUCUGCGCCAUACCAUCGCCGUCCAGAGACGCCAGUCGCAUCAAAGGCUUCCACACGCUCAGUUUCACCCGUAAAGAGUCAACUCUCGGCAUGGGAGCUCAAGAUGGAGAAGGCACUUGCCGAAACUGCUCCAGCGGCCACUGCAAAUGUCUCGACUCGACCUGACACUAGUCGCAAGAAGUCCGUACCUCCACACCUGAGAGGCAAGUCAGAAGAGACUAUCAGAGCAGCUCAUCAGAAGCCCGUCACACUCAGCCUAAACCCAAAUGCCAAGGUGUAUGAGGUCCCGGCUAAACAAGAGGAGACGGUCCAGGAUGAUGUGGACAUACUCGAAGACAGCAUCGUAGCCUUGCAAGUGGCCAUGGACAUUCCUGGUAUACAGAAUUCCAAAGAUGGCCUACGCGUGCAACAAGAAUUGCUGGACCGGUACAUCGUCAACAAUCAACUUCCUCCUCCUCCUACUGUCACCACCACCGCCGCCGCCGCCGCUGCUACCACCAUCACUGAUCGCGUACAUGUUGAUCACGAAAUCAAGGUCAAAGUAUUGCUCAUACGCGCCAUGGAGCACGAGAUGGAUCUUGAGAAGGUUGCACCCGAGCGAGAGCUCAUGAUUAUGCAGCGCGCUGAGCUUGACAGCUAUUGUAACAAAGUCAGCUCUGCCCACAAGCACUGGUGGCAGGCUAUGGGACCGGCAUGA